CGAGACAGAAGCAAGUAGUGUGUUGUGAUCUGCGAAUGUGAUUGAACGUACCUCUAUUCGAGGAAAGGAAUACUCGCAAAUGACCUUACCUGUUAACGCUGCAGAUAAUUUUGAGUAAUCAAAUCCUGGAAUCGAUUUCAAUGUGAUCCUAUCGGAGUGUAUGAAAUCGCCAGUCUUUCUACUCCGAAGCCUGUAUUACUCUACGCUGUCUUCAAGAUGCAUUGGCGGCCAGCGUUCCUUGCAAUGUGGGUAGGUCUAGGCAUACUACAGUGUUCUACGCAAUUGCAAGAAGAGGGUUUAGUUCUAAAAGGAAGACUGUGCUGUGAGGAAAGCAAAAUUCUCACUGACAAUGGCUGCGUGCCUGGUGCCAACAAAGCCACUUUCUCCCCGCCAAUCUCCGCAAAUAUGUCUCAAAUUAAAAAAGUCUCGUGGUCUCUCGAGCCGUUAAUAUGUUCCAGAGGAUACUACGUCAACCACCUUCUUCUGGAUGGACGGAACAAUACGCUAGAUGUAGAGGAGGGAGAGAUUUACCUGAGAUGGUUGGAGGUCCUAGCCUUCAAAAGCAGCUCUGACUACUGCGUGGGGCCCACUGCGGACGGCGGCUACGCGGCUCGGACUUGCCACCCUAAUGUCGACAAGAUCUGCACGAGGGAAGCGUGUGUCCAGAAGUGCUGUGGCGACGGAGAGGCUGUGGAGCUGGCAUCGAAGAGCUGCAUAAAACGGAAUAACAGCGGAUUUUCUCCCGAAUUUCGUACGCUCCAUGGAAGUCCAAUCCCAAGACCCACGAAUAUAUUGGUGAUCGAGAAGAUGCCCGUUUGCGGAUUCUUGGUUCUCCUCAACCCCCGCACCAAACCGGAACAGGAGUUCUACCUGCUCCCGAGUGGGACUUUGUAUGAACCGUACAACAGCGCAGAAUUCGUGCCGGGCAGAUAUUGUCUGGAAUACUUCGUGGAACUGUCAGCCGACGUCGCCUUCGUAUGUCGGGAACCUCUAAGUAAGGCCUUAGUAGUCAAGAACCAGUUGCAGGCGGCCGGGUUGGUGGUGUCAUGUGUGUUCCUGUCGGUGACCAUCGUGUGCCACCUCGCCAUCAAACAGCUGUGCGACAUCCAAGGCCUCUGCCUCCUGUGCCACAUGGUGUCGCUGCUGAUCUCUGACGCUGUCCUCUUCACGGGGUCUCAGUUCUCCAAAAUAAUUAGCAAGUCCCACUGCGUCUUUAAUGCUUUUCUCCUACAGUAUUCAUUUCUCGCGACGUUCUUUUGGCUCAAUGUCAUGUGCUUUGAUGUAUGGCGCGUCAUUAAAGCGACCGUGGAGCUGGUGCCACUGCGGGGUAUCUUAGCCAAUGACGCCAAGAAGUUCAAGCUGUACUGCGCGUAUGCUUGGGGCGUCCCUCUGGCCGUGACGCUGGUGACCAUCGUGAUGCAUUUCCUGCCCGACGAGAAGGUUUCGGACGCGGUCCUUCGGCCGGGCUUUGGCGUGGAGUCUUGCUGGUUCAGUGGCGAUUAUGAACUUCUGAGUUACUUCUACGGGCUGAUCGGUCUGCUGUUUCUCCUGAACCUGAUUCUCCUCGGCCACACACUCGCGAUGCUGUUCCAGGCCGGCGGCGCCUUCACCCAGUGCUGUUCUCGGAACACCAAUUCACUCACAGCCUUCAACCGGAGUCACCUCGAUGCCUUCUGGCAGCGGUUUAGCCUCUUUUGUUUGAUGGCGCUCUGUUGGGUCACGGAAAUUCUUUCCUGGAAAAUUUAUCCUCUGGAAAUGUGGAUCCCGACAGACGUCAUCAACUCCCUGCAAGGCUUCAUCGUGUUCGUGAUCUUCAUGAGGAGCCGGAAGAAGCGCGAGAUCGUGAGACAGUCGUGGGAGGGCACCGUGUCCACCGUUUCCCAGGCAGUGAGGAAAAUCUACCGCACGGACGAACCCAGCGUCGUGUUAUACGGGAGCAACAGCCAGGAGUGCACUAGGAACCCCGACGGCUCGUCCUCGGGCAACAGCAACCUCACCGAGGAAAUGACUCUCGGCCCAGGGGUCGCCAACGGGGAGGCUUCACAGGCGGGGGAGACCAACCCAGGCUUCGAGAACGCGGAUUAAAGAGAGAGGAUGUGAGGAUGUUAUCAGAAUUCAUCUUCUGAUAUGAGUGAAUGUGUUGUUGGAUACAGAAAUUAGGUUACCCGCUAGGUGAAAAAAGUGCAAAUAGUUAAAAUUAUAAAGUCUAGUAAUGUUUAUAUCCUUACUCGCUACAAGUAGAAUUAACUUAAAAUGCGGCACAUAUCUUACAAAACAUCUUUGGUAUAUAUUAGCAAAGUAUGUACGUACACGUGUAUAUAUUAUAUACACGUUUACACAUAUACACAUAUAUACAUAUAUGACUUCAUAUAU